UCUCUGCUCCACACUCACUAGUCGCAGCAGCGCUGUCUGUCCUGGAUCAGUGGAGAUGGGCUGAGGCAGAGAGGACACGCGCAACAACAUCGAGACCAACGGCCGUUAACUGUCGCCGUUACAGCAGGGAACACUCGGGAAUUCUUCCCACUCCCGCUUCCCCCCCCCCCCCCCCACCCCUUUCCACUCCUGGCCUCAGCAGGCCAGGGAAUGUCCCGGCAGCGAGAUGCCUUACACGGACCGACAGAACCGCACUUGUGGCUUCCUGGACAUAGAGGAGAGCGAGAGCAGUGGCAAGUUCCUGCGUCGUUACUUCAUACUGGACACGCAGCAGGGAAGCUUGGUGUGGUUCAUGGACAACCCGCAGAACCUGCCUGUUGGUACAGACUGUGUUGGCUCCCUCAAACUCACCUACAUCUCUAAGGUCAGCGAUGCCACUAAGCUGAGGCCUAAGGCAGAAUUCUGCUUCGUCAUCAAUGCUGGGAUGAGGAAGUUCUUCCUGCAGGCCAACGAUCAGCAGGACCUCGUGGACUGGGUCGACGCUCUCAAUAAAGCCACCAAGAUUACUGUGCCAAAGUUGCCUGAUGGGCAGCAGAAUGCAGAGAACCAGAAGGCUUUGCCGGAUGUAUUAGGACCCAAGAAACAAGUCUCCUAUAGGACAGAGAUCUACGGAGGAGUCCCCAUCGUCACCCAGACGCAGCAUGACAGUGGUGACGGUGCAGACAGAGCGGAGCGUGAGGCCAUGCAUCGCUCCCACAGCCAGCUGCCAUACUUUCUGGGCAGGCCGACUCAGGAGCACACCGUCAUCAAGUCAGGCUACUGCGUCAAGCAGGGAGCUGUGAUGAGGAACUGGAAAAGGCGAUAUUUCCUACUGGAAGAAAACUCGAUGAGUUACUUCAAGUCAGAUUUGGAGAAAGAACCUCUGAGAAUGAUCCCGCUGAAGGAAGUUCACAAAGUCCAGGAGUGCAAACAGAGUGACAUUAUGAUGAGAGAUAAUCUGUUUGAAGUCGUCACCACAUCAAGGACGUUUUACAUCCAGGCGGACAGCCCAGAGGACAUGCACAGCUGGAUCAAGGCUGUCUCAGGGGCCAUUGUGGCCCAGCGGGGGCCUGGGAGGUCUGCUGCCACAAUGCGGCAGGCCAGACGGCUGUCGAACCCCUGUAUACAGAGGUAUACGUCUCGAAUCGGGGAGUGCAGCAGCACUCUGCUGCAGCUGUGUACCUGUCUUAGAUGUGUGACAUCCUGCUUGUCUCUCCUCCUCCCUCCUGUUCGCUGCCUGAGCACGGCCGUUCCACUUUCUACCGCAGCCCCGCGGGUCCCCCCGUCCCUCGCUCGCCCAUAUCUGCCAUGCCACCAUGCUACCCAGAGUGGGGGGCUGCUGUCACGUGCGGCACACGCUCGCAGCCUGGCAUGGGACAGCGAGCACUUCAUGAGUCUGCUGCCACGGCCCAGUCACAGCCGCACGCCAGCACGCCUGUCCCUGCAGGAGACGCGCCUGGCAAAGUGACCUGCGAACCACCUGCGACCACCAUUAUUAACUCUGAAGAGUCACCAUGGCGACGGCGGAGCAGCUUUGAGCCCCACAUGCCUGAACCGCCGCUGGACCUGGAUGACGCUGACCUGCCAGUGAGCGAGGUCUAAGCCUUUGAACUGGACACUAAAACUUGCUUUUCUGGUUGGAUGACAGCGAUUCAAAAAGGAAACUGUGCAACACGUAGUAAAAAAAAAAGAAGAGGAGGAAAAAGGGCAGGCGUUGGUUGGCGGACAUAAACUCACCUUUUGAGCUCCUCCGUCAGUGUGCUAAAUAAAAGAAGUUGGGUCACCACUGAACUGCACUCGCGUGCCAAAGAUGACCCAGUUUCCCCCCCCCCCCCCCCCCCCUCUGCCUGCCUGCUGUCGCAUUUACAACGAUGUAUUUAUUUACUAAGAGUUGAUGUUGUCAAACAAAACUACACAUUUUAGUUAACUUGUGGUGAUUAGAAUUCAAUGACGGAGCUUUAAUUAAACCUGUAAAGGCUCAAUGAUGUGACGGAGGACUUUUUGUAAACCACUUUGUGCCAAGAGAAUAAGGGAGAUGUCAAGGUUGCAAACUGUUUCCUCUCUAGAAGAGAAGGAGAUGAAGAGUGUUCAAACUGAGGAAUGGCCUGUCAUCACUUCUCUUAUCUACUAAUCAAAACUGUGUGUUCCAUUCAUGCACUCACUAUUGUAACUCUGGAUUUGUCUAUUUGCAUCGUCUGAGAUCAAAUCCUCACUCCAAUGCAAAGUGUAAAUCAAAGAUUCUGGACUGGCUUUGGAGAAGAUGCAAAGAUGCAAAAAGUUCAAGUGUGUGUGUGUGUGUGUGUGUGUGUGUGUGUGUGUGUGUGAGAGAGAGAGAUAAUGCAAGACCAAAUGUAUUGUGGCCACAUUCAGUCAGACUGUAAUUAAGAAGCUAAUGUAGUUUUCAUGUAACUCUACAGUGACUGUGAAGAAGCGCAACAGACAAACAGUUGAUGCAUCACUUCAGCCUGAAUCGGCCUCUUUUGCAAACUACAUUUCAGCAAAGCAGACUUUGUCGACUCACAUUUGUGAAACUAUAGGAUGUGGGGAAAUGAACAAGGAGUACGCUUGUAUGCAUUUUGUAAUUCGUAGUAAUAAAAGCUUCAACAAUAGGGCUCUGUCAGAUAACGAUAAGCUUUCUGACAGACGGGGAACUAACUGGCUCACAUGAGUUCACUAAACCUGCAGUCGUUUGUUUGAAGAUGAGUAUACUGUAUAAACACCAUGCAAACAUUUUGGAUUAUAGUUUAACAGAAAACAAAAACAUUCAAGUUCAGACACUUCCGUUUGCAUGUUAACUUUUUAAUGAUUCCUCAGAUUGUUAAUGUUUUUAGUUUUUAUCGACGGCUUGUUGUGUUUGCAGAAUAGAGCUGUGUGCAGCAGAUUUAUUUUUUAUAUGCUUUUAGAUGUUUCCUGAUCUUAGUCUGUGUACCUGUGUGGCCAACCCAGCAGCAGGAAGCUGCCUCAUAGUUUUAUUUAAAGAAUGUCUCACUGUAGUCCUACUAAAUAACACACUAAUCCUUUUCUUUCUUUUAAGUGCCUGCUUAAUUUCAACCCAACCAAGUCGAGCUGUUUCACCCCUCUUCAGUCUGGUGUAAUUGGUUUGAAUUGUCUCUAUUUAUUAUGUGGAUGACUUGAAAUAAAUAAACACUGAAAAUGCG